AACUAUUUCAUGAAUGGAAAAUAUUGUUAAAUAGUGUGGGAAUCUUAUUUUUUAUUUCUUACAGCCAUUAGAAAUAACAAAGAAUCAUAACGCGCUUACCUUUUUAUGUUAAUGACAUAAAAACAACUGAUAAAUUAUUGAUGGUUUUCUUAAUGGCGACGUGAUGGUAACCAGCAGAAGGGAUAUUUCUAGUUAUUGAAAUGGAAUAUGGAGCUUACCAAGGUCAAACACCUGUAAAGUGUAAACAUUGCUUGAUAAACCAGUUACCUUGAUGUUGUUUACCUGUAAUUCAGCUCGUUGGCUAAUCUGGAUGUUUUAUACCUGAAGCCUAAAGUUAAUCAACCAACUACACCCGAAUGUUUUGAUGUUGUAUUAGAUCAACAGUGCAUUAUUAAUUACCUGUUACCUGGAUGUUACACACCUGUAGUUCCAUCAUGCAUCAGCUAAUCAGCUAACCAAGCGGUUACCUGUUUUGUUUUGAAUAAUUAGAUGUUGUUUACCUGUCAUCUGUAGUGCUGUUUACCUGUUUUAAUUAGAUUAAAUAUGGACGAGCCUUACCCAGCAGUACCAACAGAAGCAGUAGGGUUUUUAGGAGCAGUUGGUGUCUUUCUCUUUCUGCUUAUUAUAUUCUUCUUGUAUUUGAAUAAACUUCUGUGUUUCAAGAAUUGUGGAGGAUUCCCCUGUAUUGAUGCAAUUCCUGCAAAACAGAAGAACAAAUUAGGAGAAGACGAUUCAGACUAAUUGAUCAUAGCUACAGUAAGACCAGCAUAUCCAGUCGUAUCUCAAUGAUUAUUUACGGAACAGCAUAUAUGAUAGAUGAAGAUGACACAUCUAGUGACAGUGAUGACGAGGUUUUAAAACAUUAUCAAACCUCCUUGGCACAGGGAUUAAAAACCUCUGGCAGCGUUCGCAGCGCUCUGUCCAAAAAAAGUAAUAAAAGCUCCAAGAGUGGAAAAAGUUCCAAAAGUAGUAAAAGUGCAAAGAGUCAAGCAACUGUCAAAAGUCUAGGAAAACCCCAAGAUGAGGCAGCACUGGCUGAGCAAGGGCUGUGCACAACAGAAAUCCCAGAAAAAAUUGAGGUUGGUGCAGUCAGUGAGGCUGAAAGCGUUGAAGCAGACGAUGAAGGAAACAUGGAGGUUGCAGCGGAGGAAGUAGAAGUUUCACCAAAUGUAGAAGAAAAAACUGCAUUAGUUCCGAGUGCAUCUGCUGAAGGGAAACAGGCAGAGCAGAGAACAUAUGAGAAUAAGGCAUACCAAGAAGAGAAGUCACCGAGUAAAUCUCAGUCUUUUACAUCCAGUAACCCCUCUGUCUCUACAGAACGUCUCUCUAAUGAUGAGCAUUUAUUUGAUGUCAGUGACUUACAGAACGAACCUCCAUUAAUCUCGAAGUGUGGUAGUCUGGAAGUUACGUUCCGUUAUGAAGCAAAGCGUGGCAAGAUACACAUGAUGAUACACCAAGCUCAGGAAAUCCCUGCUAAGGAUCGGGGUGGGGCCAAUAAUGUACAAGUACGGGCGAUGUUACUACCAACCAAACGGCAGAAACACAAGACAAAGGUAAAGUCGGGAGAAAAUCCUGUCUUUAAUGAAGAUAUUGUUUUUAAUAAAAUUUUCCCAGAUGAUGUACAGAGCAUGGGUGUACGAUUCAGAUUGUACGGUGUCGAGAGGAUGAGGAGAGAGCGAAUGAUAGGAGAGAGCAUUGUGGGUUUUGCAUCGUUAAAUUUAGAUGAGGAGCAGACACAUUGGGUUGUGCUGGAACCGCGGAGUAAUUUGAGUGGAGAUUCAGGUUUUGACGUAGCGAGUUUAUCUCGGAGUGAUAGUGCCUCAUCUACGCAGUCCCUUCAACAUGGUGGUAUGCCAGAAUUAUUGGUUGGUCUCAGUUAUAAUGGUACAACAGGAAGAUUGGCUGUGGAGGUGAUCAAGGGAAGUAACUUCAGAAAUAUGGCAAUGAACAGAGCACCAGAUACGUAUGUAAAACUGACGUUAAUGUCACCAACAGGCCAGGAAUUACAGAGAUGUAAAACCUCAGUACGACGUGGUCAACCUAAUCCUUUAUUUAAAGAGACAUUCAUGUUUCAAGUUGCUUUAUUUCAACUACCAGAAGUCACACUCAUGGUGUCUGUUUAUAACAAGAAAAAUAUGAAGAAAAAGGAGAUGAUAGGAUGGUUCUCAUUAGGCAUGAAUAGUAGCGGAGAAGAAGAACAGGGUCAUUGGAGUGAUAUGAGAGAGAGUAAAGGGGGUGAUCAAGUCUGUCGUUGGCACGUCUUACUCGAAUCCUAGAGGAAUUCCUACGCAUUUCCUUGACCAUUUGUGGAAAUAUGUCAAGACGGAGAACUGUGUAAAUAGGCCUAUAUUAUAUUGGCAUGAAAAAAACAAUAUAGUGCAAUUUUCAACCAGUGCUUAACUUAAACUUCAAACAUUUAAUUCUGAAGUAAAUAACGGGAACCCAGACUACUAGCAACUUACAAAAAAAAUAAGACAUACAAGAAGGUGACACAAAGCUAGUGAUCAAAUUGUAAUAAUAUUAUUAACUUCAACAUAUUCUCCUUUCCAGUUAACAAAUUGACUGCUGUCGAAAUGUUUUCGAUUUUGAAGAUUUGGUGUACUUUGUUUUAGUCGUACGAACUUCGGAACACUAGAGAUUCUGAUCAGACGGAAAUUUACUUUUAUAUAAACCGGGAUUUUCCCUGAAUGUUAAAUCUCAGAAAAAGAUUUUUCUUGUGAAAUGUAUUAUAUGUAUGUGUACAUUAUGUCUUUGUAAAAAGAAAUUUACAAAUAUACAGAUACUUUCUUUUCUUAUAAAAUUUCUGUCAUAUCUAAAAUGUUGCCAUGGGAAAUAUUGUGUCAAAUUUAUACUAUUUGCAUUUAUUUAUUCCUUUGCCUGGCAUCCACUGCCCUUGAGAAACAUGGAUCUGUACCUGUGAUAUAACUAUCUAAUUGUGUCUAUAUUUCUAUAGACAUUAUAAACCAUACCCAACAGCAGUUUCAUAAUAUUUCUAAAGACAUUAUAAACCAUGCCCAACAGCAGUUUGAUUAUAUUUCUAUAGACAUUCAAAAACCAUAUAUCCAACAACAGUUUGAUUAUAUUUCUGUAGACAUUAUAAACCAUUCCCUAACAGCAGUUUCAUAAUAUGUCUAUAGACAUUAUAAACCAUACCCAACAGCAGUUUCAUAAUAUUUCUACAGACAUUCAAAACCAUACCCAACAGCAGUUUCAUAAUAUUUCUAUAGACUUUCAAAACCAUACCCAACAGCAGUUUCAUAACAACAGAAUAUUUCCGUGCCAGGGUUGAUGGAAAUAAUUUUGACCAUGAUCACAGUAUGCCAAUAUUGUAUAGCAUUCAACCAUAUAUGGUGUUUUCACUUGUAUAGAAAAUGGUUCUUAGCUCCAAUUUAAAAAAUCUCAACAAAAUCAUAUAUUGCUGUAAAAAGGAUUAUUCCUACAAAAUCCAACCAUAUAAUAUGGUGUUUAUCCAGCUAGUAAUUAUGGUUCUUGUUACAGAGGUCAACCAUAUAUGGUGUUUAUCCUUGUAAUAAUGGCUCUUGUUAGAGAGGUCAACCCUAUAUGGUGUUUAUCCAGCUAGUAAUUAUGGUUCUUGUUACAGAGGUCAACCAUAUAUGGUGUUUAUCCUUGUAAUAAUGGUUCUUGUUAGAGAGGUCAACCAUAUAUGUUUUUUAUUCUUGUAAUUAAGAUUCUUGUUAUGUUUUUAUUAAAUGGUGUAAAUAUAAUUUUAUGUUGUUAUAUUUGGUUGUGUUAUGAUAAAAAUAAAACCCACCAUAUUAUUAAAUAGGCAUAUUAUGAUAAAAAACCUCCCAAAUUAAAAGGUUAUUUAUUAUGAUUAAAACCCCUAAUAUUAAAUUGUUACAUAAUGAUUAAAACCACUGUAUAAUUAAAUGGUUAUAUUAUGAUAAAAACCACUAUGAUUAAAUUGUUACUUUAUGAUAAAAACCACUGUUAUUAAAUGGUUAUAUUAUGAUAAAAUUUACCUGUCAAUUCGAAUUUGAAGUUAUUUAACGGUAAGCAUAAUAAAUACAGUUCCAUUUAUAGUUUUUAUGCUUAAAAAUAAUUAUAAAGUAUUUUAAAAAUGGCUAAAUCCUUGGGAAAAAUGUCUUGCUAAUUCGAGUUAGAAUUUGACUGACUGGCAGGCCCUCUAACCUGCACCACCGACAAGGGGGGGGGGGCUGGGACCACACCAAAAAAUCCUGAUGAACAUUCUCAACCAACAUCUUACUCACUUCGCCACCGUGGCCCCGGUGCAGAUGAUAAAAACACCAUUGAAUGUAAUCAACAGUUAGAUCUCUCAUUUCAGACAUCGUACGGAUCGAUAAAAUAUUGCGGAUUACAAAGCAUGACAGAAUACUCAAUACUGAAACUUGCACAAUGCUCUGUCUGAAACAUGACCUGUACAACCGAUUUUGUUAUAUUCUGUUGUUAUGUUAAAAACACCAUUAAAGAUACAUUAUGGGAGAUAAGAUAAAGAGAUGGCAGUUCUCGCUAUAAUAGUUAAAAACUAGAUAGUGUAAAGGUAAUUUGCUGAAAAUUUCAGACAAAUUGAUCCACUAUGAGCCGAGAAAGAAGCCUGUGAAAUUUUUGCAUAGUCUCGGUUAUCAUUACUAAAAUCAUUAAUAUAAACAGCAUAGUCUCGAUUAUCCACUUUUUCUGAUUUAAUUAUCUUUGGCCGUUAGCGGCAUAUAUGAAUCUAUUCCAGCCUACAUCGAAGGCUAGCCUUGACAUCGAGAGUUUAUUAUGGUCUGGAUAAGUUAAUUAAUGUCUAAUUGAUAAUUUAGAUAACAUUUCAGGCCUAAAAAAAGACUUGUAAUAAGCAGAUUUUGCUCUUGCAUAAUGCAUGUUUAAAUGUAAUAUAUAAUUCUAUAAUAAUAUCAUAUUGUUAAUUUAUUUUAUUUGUUUAUAUAUAAUGUAUAUGGGUUGUGAUAAUGUACAGAGUCAAAUUGUGAACCAUGUAAGAAAUUGGAGCUGGUGUAUUUUUAGAGUUUAAGUAUAGGCUAUUGGAAUAAAGUAUUUAUAAUGUAGGUUGUGAACUGUACAGAGAAAUUUGACUUAUUGUAUCUAAAUAGGCUAUUGGGAUAAAAUUAAUUAAAGAUACAUUAUGGAAGAUUAGAUAAAGAGCUAGCAGUUCUCACUUUAAUAAUUAAAAACUAGAUAAUGUAAAGGGAAUAUGCUGAAAAUUUCAGUCAAAUUGCUCCACUCUGAACAAAGAUAUUAGGCCUAGCCUCGAUCAUCAUUACUUAAGUCGAUAAACAUAGUCUCGAUUAUCCAUUUUUGGAUUUAAUCAUUAAUGAGCGUUUUGCAGCCGAUCGCAUUAAAAUCCAGUGAAAAUCCGACACAUAGAUAGCAUCGAGAGUUGAUGAAGGUUUUUUCAUGUUAAUAAAUGUCUAUUUAAUAGUUUAUAUAACAUUUCAGGCCUAACCAAAGACCUGCAAUAGACAGAUUUAGCCGUUGCGUAACGUAUGUUUAAGUAUUUAAAAACAAGACGAAGAAAUACCUUACAGGUUUACUUUUCUUGCGAGUUUAUCUUAUAUGUAAAUUUGGUAAAGUACAUGUGUUUAUCAUGAGAGUAUAGGUGUUUAUUACAGCUUAAAGAAUAAAAAUGUUUGAUGGUCGUAUAUUAAAAGGGGGUGGUAAUAUAUAUUUAAUUCCAACUUCUAGUUUCACAUGAUAUAUAUAUAUAAAAAAACCACCAAUUGAUGAGAUUAAGAUGGAAACCAUAGUCACAGAACCCAAGUCACCCACACCCACCUGCCACGCCUGCUGAAAUACAUGAUAAUGUUUGUUGUUAUUUUUAUUUGGAUGUAUUGCUAUAUGUUAGUUUAAAAUUAUAUUCAACCUGUAUAAAUAAUAAUUUGUGGUAGCCAU